AUGCCUAGGGGCCACAAGAACAAGGGCCGCUCGCGUGCCAAGCAUCACCAGGCACAUGCUCAGAUCGAGUGUGUCCAGGGAGCUGAACCUUCUGCAGAGGUGGAAGCAGUAUCUCCUCCCGUUGGCCACGACGACCUUGCCAUGUCCCUUUCUGCCUGCACUCUCCAGGGAGCUGCAUCCCCUGGGUCUCCUGACGCAGCCUCUGAUGUAGGUGCUGAGGGUACUAUUGUAGGUGCUAAAGAGGAAGGUUCAAGCGCGUCUCAGGCAGCAGGCUCCCCGCAGCCCACAGGCAAAAAUUCCAUCAGUAGAAAAGCCAGUAUGUUGCUGCACUUCCUGCUGGAGAAGUACGAGCAGGAGGAGCCCAUCAAGCAUGCUGAUAUGGCGAAGUUGAUCGGCAGGAAAUACCUGACGCAUUUCCCUGACAUCCUGAGGAGAGCCACUGAGCAGAUGGAGUUUAUCUAUGGCCUAGAGUUGAAACAAGCCAAUCCUAGUAGUCUCUCCUAUUCUCUUGUUAGUAAGCUGGGUCUCUCCCCUGGGGAAAAUCUCAGAAGCAGAAAAGAUUUGUCAAAGAAGGGUCUGCUGAUGAUGCUUCUUGGUGUGGUCUUACUGAAUGGCAACCGUGCCACUGAGCAUCAAGUCUGGAAAUUCCUGAAUUUGUUGGGUCUAUAUGCAGGGCAAAGGCACCCCAUUUUUGGAGAGCCCCGGAAGAUCAUCACCAAAGAUCUGGUAGAGGAAAGUUACCUAGAGUACCACCUGGUGCCAGGCAGUGUGCCCCCAUGCUAUGAGUUCCUCUGGGGUCCCAGAGCCUAUGUUGAAACUACCAAGCUGACGGUUCUAGAAGCUUUAGCCAAGAUGAAUGAUACCACCCCUGAUGCCUACCCUAUUCUAUAUGAGCAGGCUCUUAAAGAAAAGGCAGAGAGAGCAGGGAAGAAAGGUGAAUCUGGGGAUGGCUCUGGUGCCAGGGCCAUUGGUCAUGCUAGCUGA